AUGCCAAUGCACAAUAAUCUCGUCAUCCACAAAAGGUCUUCGGAAGACAGCACCGAUGAAUCUGGAAGUCUCCACUUUCAAACACCACAGGAAGACGACGAACAAGCCUCUCCAGUGGCGAGAGAGCGCAAAGUAUGCUUUCACAGCAGAGUCCGGUGUAGGCGCGGCAAAGCAUCUAUCGCCAACGUAGAUGAUCUCUGGUACUCUCAGCAAGAGCUUGCAAGCUUGCGUAAGCAACAAAAGCGUCUUCAGAGCAUUGUCGCUUCUGGGGCUACAUCUCUUGUUGGAGAUGAUGAUACAGAAGGAGUCUCCUUCGUAGGCCUCUAUUCCGAAAAGGAGCGAAGGCAACGAAUCAAGCGCAUUAAAGAAGCUAAGGAAUGCGUAUUGGGUGAACAACUGCAACAAGAAGAAGAAUUCUACAACGCACAAGAAGAUCUUUCUGACUUCAAGUUGGAUCAGGAAUCCAUUGCGGAAUUUUUCUCGCUUUACUCCAGGAGAGCUGCCAAAGUUGCUCACAUGAAGGGGUUGGAAGUUUCUUGGCAUGUUGAGAAGUUGUCAGCAAAAGAAACCACUGAUGUUGAUGAUAGUCGGCGUUCUCGCUCGCAACGUUCGAAGGCUAUCUCAGGCCAUUGCCCAGUACGGAACUCUUCAAUCCGAUCUACUGGCAGCUUAAUUGCCCGCUUGACGACAGCGGCAUAA